GAUUCUAGGCUCCCCUGUGACAGCCGCGGCAGGAAGCUGGCGGGCGCUCCCCGGCCACCGGCCUGUUGUUCUCGGAAGCGAGAAAGCUGGACAUUUCCCCCCGUAACUCCCAGCUCUAAGCCUAGAGUGUGAAUGGCGAAGUCCCCGGAGAACUCUACCCUGGAGGAGAUUCUGGGGCAGUAUCAACGGAGUCUCCGGGAACGUGCCAGUCGAAGCAUUCACCAACUGAAAUGUGCCCUGAGAGAAGGUGAUGUCACUAUUGGAGAAGAUGCACCAAAUCUUUCUUUUAGCACCAGUGCAGGAAAUGAGGAUGCCAGGACAGCUUGGCUCGAACUGCAGCAGAGCCAUGCUGUUAAUCAGCUCAAAGAUUUGUUGCGCCAACAAGCAGAUAAGGAAAGUGAAGUGUCUCCGUCAAGAAGAAGAAAAAUGUCCCCUUUGGGGUCAUCAGAACAUGAGGAAACCAUUAUGCCUACUAUGUCCAACCUUAUUCCUAUCAUUAAUGACCAGUCUCAAUAUAUUCAUCAUUUAGAGGCGGAAGUUAAGUUCUGCAAGGAGGAACUCUUUGUAAUGAAAAAUAGAAUCCAAGUAAUUGUACUUGAAAAUGAAAGGCUCCAGCAAGAACUGAAAUCUCGAAGACAAGAGGAGACAAUGAGGGAACAAACACUUCUGGAUGCGUCUGGAAACAUGCAGAAUUCUUGCAUUACAACAGGUGAAGAUUCUGGGGUGGGCGAAACUGCCAGAAGACUGUUUUCUUAUGACAACGCAGAUACUGGGAAAGCUGCAUCUGCUGGUGAGCAGCUAGAACUGGAGAAACUAAAACUUACCUAUGAGGAAAAGUAUGAAACUCUGGAAUCCCAGCUGAACUUUUUGAGGAAAGACUUAGCUGAAUAUCAGAAAACCUGUGAAGAUCUUAAAGAGCAACUAAAGCAUAAAGAGUUUCUUCUGGCUGCUAAUACUUCUAACCGUGUUGGGGGUCUUUGUUUGAAAUGUGCUCAGCAUGAAGCUGUUCUUUCCCAAACCCAUAAUAAUGUUCACAUGCAGACCAUUGAAAGAGUGAUUAAAGAAAGAGAUGACUUGAUGUCUGCACUAGUUUCUGUAAGGAGCAGCUUGGCAGAAACGCAGCAAAGAGAAGCAAGUGCUUAUGAACAGGUGAAACAAGUUUGGCAAAUAUCUGAGGAAGCCAACUUUGAAAAAACCAAGCAGGCUUUAAUCCAGUGUGACCAGUUGAGGAACGAGCUGGAGAGGCAGGCAGAGCGACUUGAAAAAGAACUUGCAUCUCAGCAAGAGAAAAGGGCCAUUGAGAAAGAUAUGAUGAAAAAGGAAAUCACAAAAGAAAGGGAGGACAUGGGAUCAAAGAUGUUGAUCCUGUCUCAGAAUAUUGCCCAACUGGAGGCCCAGGUGGAAAAGGUUACAAAGGAAAAGAUUUCAGCUGUUAAUCAACUAGAGGAAAUUCAAAGUCAGCUUGCCUCUCGGGAAAUGGAUGUUACAAAGGUGUGUGGAGAAAUGCGCUAUCAGCUGAAUAAAACCAACAUGGAGAAAGACGAGGCAGAAAAGGAGCACAGAGAGUACAGAGCAAAAACUAACAGAGAUCUUGAAAUUAAAGAUCAGGAAAUAGAGAAACUGAGAAUAGAACUGAGUGAAAGCAAGCAGCAUUUGGAACAGGAGCAGCAGAAGGCAGCCCGGGCCAGAGAGGAGUGCCUGAAACUAACAGAACUGCUGGGCGAAUCCGAGCACCAACUGCACCUCACCAGACAGGAAAAAGAUAGCAUUCAGCAGAGCUUUAGCAAGGAAGCAAAGGCCCAAGCCCUUCAGGCCCAGCAAAGAGAGCAGGAGCUGACACAGAAGAUACAGCAAAUGGAGGCCCAGCAUGACAAAACUGAAAAUGAACAGUAUCUGUUGCUGACCUCCCAGAAUACAUUCUUGACAAAGUUAAAGGAAGAAUGCUGUACAUUAGCCAAGAAACUGGAACAAAUCUCUCAAAAAAGCAGAUCUGAAAUAGCUCAACUCAGUCAAGAAAAAAGGUAUACAUAUGACAAAUUGGAAAAGUUACAGAGAAGAAAUGAUGAAUUGGAGGAACAGUGCGUCCAGCAUGGAAGAGUACAUGAGACAAUGAAGCAAAGGCUAAGGCAGCUGGAUAAGCACAGCCAGGCCACGGCCCAGCAGCUGGUGCGGCUCCUCAACAAGCAGAACCAGCUUCUCCUGGAGAGGCAGAGCCUGUCGGAAGAGGUGGACCGGCUGCGAACCCAGUUACCCAGCAUGCCACAAUCUGAUUGCUGACCUGGAUGGAACAGAGUGAAAUAAAUGAUUUACAAAGAGAUAUUUACAUUCAUCUGAUUUAGACUUAAUAUGCCACAACGCACCACGACCUUCCCAGGGUGACACCGCCUCAGCCUGCAGUGGGGCUGGUCCUCAUCGCCGUGUGCGCUGUCCCCACACCUGGCCAGGCUGGAGCUGGAGUCUGACUCUAGAUGAGGAGAGCUCCUGGUGUAUGUUUUCAGAAAUGGCUUGAAGUUAUGUGUUUAAAUCUGCUCAUUCGUAUGCUAGGUUAUACAUAUGAUUUUCAAUAAAUGAACUUUUUAAAGACUUGAGUUGUAAUGUUUCCUUUUUCUCUUGUAGUGAUGAACAAAACACACCAAAAAGGCACAUAUUUUAACUAGGCCAAAGUAUAUUAAGGACCAAACUUUUUUUCUUGCCAUUUUUCAUGAUCUAUGUAUCAAUCAAUCAUCAUCCUUCACCUUUAAUCAAAUGUCCCAUCAGACUCCAUUUUAUCAUCCUAGUUUGUGCACAGUCAAUCAGGAGACACCAGGAAGCAGUAUGCGUUACUCUCUCCAUUCUGUUAAACAACGAAAACAGACAAAAAAAGCAUCUUUGGCUCGGUGGUGUCAGAUAGUUUUCUUCAAAUAUGCAGUAUUUGAGAGGAGCCUAAAAACAUACUUAGUGAAAUUAGAAAAUUUACUUAGAGUAUAUCAAAUAUCUGUACACAGAUAAUUAUUUUAGUCUAAAAUAGUAUUUCUACUAUACAGAGUUAAGCCUUCAAAUGCUUUAAAGUAAUAAAAAUGGACACUGGACAUACUGUGUUACAUUUUACCAUGACAGUGAAACACUAAAGGCAAGGCUUCAGUUGGGACAGGCCCCUGGCCUUCAGCUGCCCUGCCUGGCCAGCAAUCCACCAUCCUUAUCACCAUCUCAACACACAGCUGAUGGUGAUGUCACCAUAGGCUCAGCCUUGCCUCUCAGAAGCGACGUGGAUUAGGCUUUGGAGGCGGUGGCAUGAUUUACACACAGAGACCAUUCGAAUCUCUUGAGCAUGUAAAAGGUUCAAGCCUGAAACAGAACUUCUAUUCAGAUUCAGAAGUUUUGUAUUUCAUCAAAUGUGCUAGACAUAAAGGCUGUCACAUAAGAUAUUUUAAUUGUCCUUAAUUCUGUUUUAGAUAUACUGUGAAUAAAUUAUACAAUAUUCUAAAAAUAGCACCUUUAAAGAAUUAUAGAGGUCACUUUAUUUUAGCCUCCUGGAUCUGUCAACCCCAGUGGUUUUGAGAGAAGAGCACGUGUGAGAAUGCCCUCAAAUUUGGCUGUGUGACAUACACAUACAUGCUUGACUCACUCUGGUCCCAAAAGCCAUUCCUCUGUCUGGCUUCGACAUAGGAGCGAAGCCGAGUUUCUACAAUAGUAGCUUUAUGAGGUAAAAUCAGAAAAAGGCCCCAUCCAGAAUGAUUCAACGUUAGGUCAGACUGCAGUCCAGCCAUUCUACCCACCUACAUCACCCAUGUCUAUGCUUGUUAAUUUGCCGUGACAUGUUAGAAAUACACUCUAAGAAAGGAAGUAUGCAGAGCAGUACAUUAUCAGGAAGACAUUAAUGACAAGCUACAUUCCUUAAGAUUCUGGGUCCAAACCAUUUGUGGUACAGAUGAUGAGGGGUCUGAGACCUACUCCAUCCCUGGCUUCACAGGACAUCUGUCCUAAAUCCAGUGCUGAGAGGUCAGCAUCACUCCUCGGAAGCAGCCCUUCAUCAAAGGUUGUAUAACCACACUACUGCCAUUUCGUUGAAGUACAAAUGAUCCCCUAGGUGUCUGAGCUACAAGGAAUGGAUAUAUUUUCCUGUCACAUUUUAUACAAGGUAGGUUAAUACCAGCUGGGGCUAUUAAAUAUCAUUGAAGAUGAUUUAAUUUGGGGGGAUUAGAGAACCACAUCCAACAACAAUAAACAGAGAAGUAGCAGAUUGACAUAGUGCUUUAUUUAAGCUGUCUGUACGAAGGAAAAUAAUGUUCAUCCCUAUACGUGUAAAAAUACUAAGGAUGUACAGUGUACAAAAACAGUUUCGUUAUUUCACAUCCUUGUGGGUCAUAUACUUAAGGAAACAGACAGUUUCAGUAUGACCAACAGUAAUAGUAAUACAGUUUCUGGGGUUUAUAGUUGCAUCUGCUUAAAACCCUUAACCAGAUGACUAGAUCUUGUGCAGAUCUAAUGAAAGAACUAGCAAGGUCAAGAAAUGUCACAAACUAUAAAGCUACAGGGAGGUAAUUCAAUUACCAAUUUAGAGGUUUUCUUUUUAUUUAAAUAAAUACUUUACAUUUCAUGCUUGCCUGUAAUGCACUACCAGGAGCAAGAUAAGGAAAUUCUACUGUAGACAGUACAAACAGUAGCAGCAAAGUGUGUACGCUGAGGUGUAAUAUAGAGACCCUGCAGUUAGUAGGAAGGCCCUUACUUUUGUACUCUAUGAAGCAAGUGGCCCCUGCCAGAACAGUCAGCUUUAAGAAGCUGGAUAUCGGGUAUGGGAAUGGAAACCAGUACUUGAAUAAUGCUAUGUAAUUAGUGUAGAAAGCAAAGCUGAGCGCGACCCGGCCAAUAAUCCAAGCAGAAAUGGCCAAUUUCCUCCAAGAUGGCUGCACUAUGACAAGAAGUCAAGCUUCGUGACAGUUAGUAUGGGCUGGAGUCUGCAAAGUCUGAACUGUAUUCUCAGAAGGAUUCCGGGUUUCAGGGUGUUCCACCUGCCAGAACCCAAAACUACAACUAUGGGCGACACAAGGGAAGCUUUGGAAAUCUCCCUUUACACACAUUCUGUUUUUCUCUUAUUCCUCCAUGGCAGCUGACAGAUCGAUCUGGAAGUGAAAAUUGGGGAUUCUCAAAAUCAAAGCCAAGAAGAUAACCUUACCUUGUGUGACACCAGUGGAGUCUCAGAGGGUGGAACAGAAGGGGCUGAGCCCAGGUGUGACUGAGGACUGAGAGCCACUGUAAGCCGUGGCUUGCCUGGGCCACUGUGAGUGCCAGUCACUAAUCUUUAGCAAGUGUCCUUGGCCAAGGUCAUGGAAAUCACCUUCAACUUCGGGGAGCGGGGGAACCAAAAGAACAAGAAGCUCUGUGCUUGGUGUACGGUGCCAUGCUUCCCUCUAGAGAAGGGCUCUGAACGUCAGCCAGGCUCAGCUUGCUUCUCUCCCUCUCACCUGUUUCAUUCUUAUAUCAUGAAUGCAAGACAACUUAAAGAACAUACCUUCUAGUCUACUUUUUUGUCAAAGUGAAACAUUCAACAUAAUUCUAAGUAAAAAAAAAAGAUUAGCUAUGUAGCUAUGUGUGUAAGUAAGAACGAACUGCCAUUUACUGUAACUUCCUACUCAAUACUAAGGAUGAACUUCACUCAGGUAGAAAUAUGAAAAAUAAGGAUAACAUCGAUGUCUGAAUAUGUCUUAGCUGCCUUAGUAAAAUGCCCUGUAACCCCCGUCAGUCCCAGUGGCCCACCCACUGCCAGCAGUGGCUUCAUAGCUAUACAUCCACUCUUCCAGCAUAAAGAGGCUAAGACAUCUGCAUAUGAAUAUGAGUCAUUCUACUUAGAAAGUCACUUGCUCUUUCAUACAAUGCAAUCAUAAUACUACGUCAUGCUGUAGUCUUCCAUUGGGAGCUGUCAGAGUUUGACUAAAAUACAUUUCCAUGAUCACUCCACGGAGUGGGACAGCCUUCCGCUUGCCGCUAGAACGGCCCCCAGCCCCUAGGACUUCAUAGGCUGCUUUGGAAAAUGCCAGCUCCUAGCACCAAAGGGUUUAAUCUGAAGAUCAUCAUUUAUGAAGGAGAAAGAUGAGGUUUGCAUACAUGCCCCCUUUCAGUGAGAAAUGUUGUAAUUUGGGGACAUGAGUAUAUACAGAAAAAUAAAAGCUGGGGGUGGUUUUUCCCUGAUGGCUUAAUUCAGUGAUAAAUGUACCAUGAUCACAAUAAACACAUCAGGUUCUUAGCCUUUACUGUCUACUUCCUAAAUACUCAAGAUGUGUCCAUUUUGCCAAGUAAAGAUCGUUUCUUAUCAUCACUCAGGUCUAAUUUUCUUCAUUACUUUGUGUUGCCAGGUCUCAUCACACUUCAGUUCUUAGAUGAGCAAACGCCAACAUCUAUUUGUUUCAUUAACCCCCUGGCAUGGAUAGUUGGGAUUUUCUCAUUUUCCGUACCAAGGGGUUAAAUGACAGCAUCUCUUCUCCCAAAGCCAAAUUCUAACCAAUAUAUCCCACUUCAGAGCCUUGUCAUUUUUUUUUUAACAUAGGAGAAAAAGUGCGUGAUUCUCAUCAGCGUGUACAAUCCUUGCACAUGGGUCAAGAGAAACUGCAGUAAGUCUAUUUUAUGUAAGUUGGAGCUGCAUUUGCUAACAUGACAUACAAUUCUCAUCACUAAAAAAUAAAUACUACUGCAAUAUAAACAAAAUCAUAAAAGGACAUUCAAAGUUUUAACAUUUGAGAAAAAGCUAAUUCACGUAGAACUGAAAGUAAAAAAAUUAAAUAAGGCAAACACCUGUUUACCUUGGUGUACAAAUUUUGGUGAAAAGCAGUAUCAUUAUACCUGUCUACAUUCUUCAGCCAUCAGAGGUGAUAAAUGUCAAGAAGGAAAAAAGGUUUCCAAGCACAGGGGGAAAAUGCUCUCUGGUGCAAAUUGUAUCAUAAGACCCUUUAAAUGACCUUGACUGUGCAUAUGCCUUCAUUUCUUGGUAGAACAAUGUUCACUUGCUCAUGAUUGCCCGUGAAGUCUCAACAUCCACGUGUGAUAUGGGCUUCUUCUACAGUAUCCACCAGGAAUU